UUACUGAAAGAUUUGGAAGAGGUUAAAGAAUUGCUUACAAAAGCCACAAGGAAGCGACUUCGUGAUGUCCUGAUGACAGAGAAGCACAAGUUAGAGCUAGAAAUCAAGAAUCAGCCUCCACUGAAGCCUAAAGAUGUGGUAGAGGAAGAAAAGUCAUCGCUGGGAGGGUACACAGUGAAAAUAAACAAUUAUGGUUGGGAUCAGUCAGAUAAAUUUAUUAAGAUUUAUGUCUCUUUAACUGGAGUUCAGAAGCUUCCCGCUGAGAAUGUCCAGGUGAAUUUCACAGAGAGGUCGUUUGAUCUGCUAGUGAAGAAUCUGAGUGGGAAGAACUACACCAUGACCUUCAACAAUCUCCUUAAGCCCAUCUCUGUGGAAGGCAGCUCUAGAAAGAUAAAGACAGACAUGGUCCUGGUGAUGUGUAAGAAGAAGCGGGAGGAAAAAUGGGAUUGUCUCACUCAAGUGGAAAAAGAAAGCAAAGAGAAAGAGAAGGCUGCCUAUGACACCUCAGAUCCUAGCGAAGGGCUUAUGAACCUUUUAAAAAAGAUGUAUGCAGAAGGGGAUGAUGAAAUGAAGCGCACCAUCAACAAGGCCUGGGUUGAAAGCAGAGAAAAGCAAUCCAAAGGGGACAUACCAAUGGAUAUUUGAAAGUACUCGAAGGGCCGCCUUAAUACUGAUCUUCCACGUGAGACAUGCUGUGCUGCAAAGAUCAUUGUUUACACAACCUUCUUCCAAGCAAAGACAGUAAUUUUCCAUUUCAGGUUGGAGAAAAUAUUUAAAUAAAAUAGCUUAUA